AGGAAAGCUCGAAUCAGAUUAUUAAUUUUUGGUUUUGAUCAUAUAAAAAAGAAAAAAAAUUGGUUAAGCGCACUGAAGACAGUUGUUAGCACCACAGAGUUUUAUGAGGAGAGAAAGCAUCAUACAUCAUCACAAACAAGUUUCUUCAUCGCUCAUUGUUAGUCAUUAGUACUUUACUUCUUCCUUCUUCCUCUUUUAUUAUAAGAAGAGAAAGAAAAAAACAUCAUCUUUUUUUUCUUGAAUAACAGAGCGAUUGCUCUUAUCUCAGUUGAUUGGCCAUGGCUUCUUCAGUCGUCUUCGCGGCAACUGGGUCUCUCUCCGUUCCUCCAUUGAAGUCUCGGAGAUUCUAUGUUAAUUCUUCACUCGACUCCGAUGUUUCCGACAUGAGUGUUAACGCUCCAAAGGGGUUAUUUCCUCCAGAGCCUGUACCAUACAAGGGACCUAAGCUGAAAGUAGCCAUUAUAGGAGCUGGACUUGCAGGCAUGUCGACUGCUGUAGAGCUUCUGGAUCAGGGUCACGAGGUGGAUAUAUAUGAUUCGAGGACAUUCAUUGGUGGCAAAGUGGGUUCUUUUGUAGAUAGACGUGGGAACCAUAUUGAAAUGGGAUUACAUGUUUUCUUCGGAUGCUACAACAAUCUCUUCCGUUUGAUGAAAAAGGUGGGUGCUGAGAAAAACCUUCUAGUCAAAGACCAUACUCAUACAUUUAUAAACAAAGACGGCACAAUUGGAGAGCUUGAUUUUCGGUUUCCUGUUGGAGCUCCAAUCCAUGGUAUUCGCGCAUUUUUGGUCACAAAUCAACUCAAGCCCUAUGACAAACUAAGGAAUUCACUGGCUCUUGCAUUAAGCCCUGUUGUUAAAGCUCUUGUCGACCCCGAUGGAGCAAUGAGAGACAUUCGCAACCUUGACAGCAUAAGUUUCUCGGAUUGGUUCCUGUCAAAAGGUGGGACACGGGCAAGUAUCCAGAGAAUGUGGGAUCCUGUUGCUUAUGCUCUAGGUUUCAUAGACUGCGAUAACAUGAGUGCGCGAUGCAUGCUUACAAUAUUCUCAUUAUUCGCUACCAAAACAGAAGCUUCUCUGUUGCGUAUGCUCAAGGGCUCUCCUGAUGUUUACUUGAGUGGUCCUAUCAAACAAUAUAUCACAGAUAGAGGUGGCAGAAUCCAUCUAAGGUGGGGUUGCAGGGAGAUACUUUAUGAUAAAUCAGCAGAUGGAGAAACUUAUGUCACUGGACUAGCAAUUUCUAAGGCUACGAACAAGAAGAUUGUGAAAGCUGAUGUAUAUGUUGCAGCAUGUGAUGUGCCGGGAAUCAAAAGGUUACUUCCAAAAGAAUGGAGGGAAUCUCGGUUUUUCAACGAUAUAUAUGAACUCGAGGGAGUACCUGUGGUUACAGUACAGCUCAGAUACAAUGGUUGGGUCACGGAGUUACAAGACAUUGAACUUGCUAGGCAGUUGAAACGAGCGGUUGGCUUAGAUAAUCUUCUCUACACUCCUGAUGCUGAUUUCUCGUGCUUUGCGGAUCUUGCACUAGCUUCGCCUGCAGAUUAUUACAUCGAAGGACAAGGCACUUUACUUCAGUGCGUUCUAACACCAGGAGAUCCGUAUAUGCGAAUGCCAAAUGAUAAGAUCAUAGAGAAAGUAGCGAUGCAGGUCACUGAGUUGUUUCCAUCGUCACGAGGCCUAGAAGUCACUUGGUCGUCGGUUGUAAAAAUCGCUCAGUCUCUGUACCGUGAAGCACCCGGAAAAGAUCCAUUCAGACCCGAUCAGAAGACGCCCAUAAAGAAUUUCUUCCUCGCCGGUUCAUACACAAAGCAGGAUUACAUAGAUAGUAUGGAAGGAGCAACAUUAUCAGGGAGACAAGCUUCGUCAUACAUCUGUGAUGCUGGUGAAGAACUAGCAGAGCUAAACAAGAAGCUUUCUUCUUCUGCAACUGCAGUUCCUGAUGAGCUAAGUCUGGUCUAAUGAUGAAAAAUGUUUGAAAGUAGUUACCAAUGGCUAAUUGAUGAAGAUUUGAGACACUAUGGGUACAUGAAGAAGAAGCAUAUGUAGAAACCCUUUAUAUAGUGUUCAUAAGAGAAAGUAUUUGUAAUAUUACACCAUCUUUUGAAAUCAAAGAUUCUUACAAAGUACAUCAAUUUAAGAAAGUUUACUCUCAGAACU